AGAAGAGUUAGGAAAAUGUCUGUUAAGUUAAAGCCUGUUCAUCAUAAAGUAAUUUUAGUUCUACUUCUUUUAUCUGGUGUUGCCCUAAUUUUUAAAUUCAAUUGGAACUAUCAGUCAAAAUCAAGGGAAGAAUUUCGUAUGGAAACACUGCACAUCAACUCUGCUCAUGAUUUACCUGUCACACAAAUUUCAUUAGAUGGUAUCCAGCCCAGUGACAAAGCAGAUCUGAAUUGCAAAAUGUACAAUUGCUUUGAUAUUUACCGAUGUGGAUCUGAUGAAAAUCAUCCAAACAAGAUGAAAGUCUUCCUUCAUCCGUUAUCUCAAUACACAGAUGAAUCUGGUGCUUCAAUUACUCCUUCAUUAUCCAAGGAAUUUGUUGAAAUGUAUUACGCAAUUGCACAAAGUGAUUAUUAUACUGGAGAUCCUGAUAAUGCUUGCAUAUUCAUUCCACCUGUUGAUAUGCUUAACCAAAACCGUUUAAACGUACAAAAAGUUGGACAAUUACUGACCAAACUCCCGCAUUGGACCCGUGGAACCAACAACCUUAUAUUUAACUUUUUACCCGGCAAUUCCCCGGACUACAGCACAGCUAUAGAGGUCCCACAUAAUAAAGCAAUAAUUGCUGGCGGUGGUUUUUCGCACUGGACGUAUAGGUCAACAUUUGAUGUUAGUAUCCCAGUAUACAGCCCAUUGGUGAAAGGUGUUAAACUGCAGCAGGAAACUGAUGGUUUAAUUAGAAAGUGGCUUCUAAUAUCUUCACAAACUAAUAUACAUCCUGAGUUCAGACAAGAAUUAGAAACCCUUGCAUCUUCAAGUUCGGACUUCCUCCUCCUCGAUAAAUGUAGGAAUGUUCCAGAGGAUGUUCCUCUUCAAUUUACAAGAUGCAAGAAUGACGAACAAAAGAAAUAUCCGGAGAUUUUACAAGAAGGAACAUUUUGUCUCCUUCUUCCUACAUCCCGUCUCGGACAGAGUGCUCUCAUGGAGUCGAUGCAAGCGGGAUGUAUUCCUGUCUUCGCUUGCGAUACCUACAUCCUCCCAUUCUCUGAAGUCCUUGACUGGAGCAGAGCAUCCGUUCUUAUCAGGGAAGAUUCUCUUCCGGACAUCAUGAACAUUUUAAGGAGGAUCCCGCAUGAACAAGUUGUGCUGAUGAAGAAACAGGUUGAAUUCUUGUACACAAGUUACUUCACGAACAUCCCAGCCAUCACCAUGACGACUCUACAAAUCAUAAACGACCGUGUUUUUCCUCACGUGGCGACUACUUACGAAAAAUGGAAUAAUCCUCCAUCAUCAAACAGCGUUCAAUCUCCACUAUUCCUCCCACUAAUAUCACCCAAAGAAGACGGGUUUACAGCCGUGAUAUUAGCUUACGAUCGUGUGUUGAGUUUAUUUCAACUGAUAAAGUCCAUUGACAAAGUUCCAAGUUUACGGAUGAUAUUAGUUGUUUGGAACAACCAGCAUAAGGCAUUCCCUGCAAGAAACGAAUGGCCCAUUAUUGAACAUGAGUGGAAAGUCAUUCAAACAAGCUCAAAUGAAUUAAGUAACAGGUUCUUCCCCUAUAAUGAGAUAAAGACGGAGGGUGUUCUUGCGAUCGAUGAUGACAUCAUAAUGCUCACUACAGAUGAAAUCGAGUUUGGUUUCCAGGUAUGGAGAGAAUUUAACGAUCGAAUCGUUGGUUUUCCACCAAGACUUCAUAUUUGGGGUGAUGACGGGAAAAUGAGAUAUGUUUCUGAUUGGACGAAUGAUAUUUCUAUUGUGCUCACUGGUGCUGCGUUCUACCACAACUAUUAUAACUACCUCUAUACUUACAAGAUGCCAGGUGGUAUAAAAGACUGGGUUGACAACCACAUGAAUUGUGAAGAUAUUGCCAUGAAUUUUCUCGUUAGUAACUAUUCAGGAAAAGCACCCAUUAAAGUUACUCCUCGUAAGAAAUUCAAGUGUGCUGAAUGCGCUACUGGGGGUAGCCUUUCACUCGAUGAAACACACAUGGUGGAAAGAUCUACUUGUAUGAACCACUUUGCUUCAAUAUAUGGUGUUUCGUCUCUCAAGGCAAUAAACUUCCGUGCAGACCCCGUACUUUUUAUGGACAAACUUCCGGAAAAGCGAAAACAUUACCCUGAUAUUGGCUCACUUUGAUUUGAGCCGGAAUUCUAUUUUUAUGAAUUUAUAAUCGUGCUGGUUACUGUUAGAGAACGACUGGCGAUUUUGAAGCGCUUAAAAUGUUGAAAAAUGUGUCCGGGAGAUGUCGCAAGAGAUCCACGCGUCUUAUAUCAUGUUCUCGUCAAAUAACGUUGAAUUUCGUCCGAUUUUGCCAAAUUUCGUGCUAUUUUUUCUUCACUCGAACCGCAAUCCACUUGCAUGUUACGUCAUAGUAUUAAUUAUUCUUUUUUUGUUAUUUCUAUUGCGUGCUACGUAUUUUCUGGUCAAAUGAGAUCUUAAGCCAAAAUUGACUACCUAGAAAUAAUGAAUGUAAUAUAUUUUUUCGGUUCUAAACAUCUCGCUGUAUAAUUUGAGUGCUAUUUUUAACUUUUUUUCCAAAAUUGCGUAUUUUUUCCUUGCCUUUCAAUGGUACGAAGCAAUGGUGUUAAUUGUAUCUUUUUGACAUUUUUCUGUAACUGCCAUCCUUCUGUAAUUUUCUUUCCAGCAUCAAACCAACUUAACUUAUCAAUUCAACUGUUUAUCACUGCAAAAAAUAUUUGCUACUUUCUACACGUCCUGUAAAUGCCUCAUUGAGGCUUAACGUUAUACAAAUUUACUACUAUGGUUGCUAUAUACAGUAUAUUGCCGUGUUUAAAUUCUAUUAUCCAAAUUUAAUUGUGCUUAAAACUCUAUUAGCAAUUUUGCUUUCUUUUUACUUCUCAAUAGCCUCAAACUAUUUUUGUAGCAUUUUCCAAACUGAUGAAGCUACCAUAUAUAUAAUACGCUCGUUACGUGGUACGAUGAAUUAUACCGUAUAGCGAAACGAUGUCUUAUCAUUAUUUUCGCUAAAAUUGUUAAAAAUCUUUUCGUUGUUACAGCACUGUCACUCAGUAUUACUACGUUUUGCAAACAAUUUAGAAAAACGAAA